CUUCCCACGUGACCCGGCCCUGGAGGCGGCAGUACUUGCUAGAGGCGUUUGAGUAGUAGAACGGCUGCGGUCAUGUCGAAGCGGCACCGGCUGGACCUCGGGGAUGACUAUGUCACGAACAAGAAGAGAAGCGGCGACGGAAAAGACAGAGAUCGAGAGAGAGAUGACCGUUCUAAGGAUCGAGACCGGGAUCGGGACAGAGAUAGGGAUCGGGAAAGGGACAGAGACAAGGAUAAAGACUCACGGGGUUCAUCAAAUUCUCCUUAUAUCCCUGCUGGUGGAAUGCCAACUCUAAAACCUGCAGCAGUUGCUCAAGGCAUUAAUCCGUUUACCAAUUUACCCCACACUCCGCGCUACUAUGAAAUCUUAAAAAAGAGGCUUCUGUUGCCAGUAUGGGAAUACAAAGAACGGUUUACUGAAAUUCUAAUGAAGAACCAGAGCUUCGUAUUGGUCGGUGAGACUGGAUCUGGGAAAACUACUCAGAUUCCACAGUGGUGUGUUGACUACAUGAGGUCAUUGCCUGGUCCCAAAAGAUCCGUUGCCUGUACCCAGCCAAGAAGAGUGGCUGCCAUGAGUGUGGCCCAAAGAGUUGCCGAUGAAAUGGAUGUCAUGUUGGGUCAGGAAGUUGGUUAUUCCAUCAGAUUUGAAGACUGCAGCAGUGCAAAAACAAUCUUGAAAUACAUGACAGACGGUAUGUUACUCAGAGAAGCUAUGAACGAUCCUUUGUUGGAACGCUAUGGUGUGGUGAUUCUUGACGAAGCUCACGAAAGGACCUUGGCAACGGAUAUUCUAAUGGGUGUUUUAAAGGAAGUUGUAAGACAGAGAAAUGACUUAAAGGUUAUAGUUAUGAGUGCCACUUUAGACGCUGGGAAAUUCCAGAUAUAUUUUGAUAGUUGCCCUCUUUUAACAAUCCCUGGACGAACACACCCUGUAGAAAUCUUCUACACUCCAGAGCCCGAGCGGGAUUACCUAGAGGCAUCCAUUAGAACAGUGAUUCAAAUUCACAUGUGUGAAGAGGAGGAAGGCGAUCUCCUGCUAUUUCUUACCGGACAAGAGGAAAUUGAUGAGGCCUGCAAGAGAAUCAAACGGGAAAUCGAUGACUUGGGCCCUGAAGUUGGAGACAUCAAAAUCAUUCCUUUAUAUUCAACCCUCCCACCCCAGCAACAGCAAAGAAUAUUUGAGCCACCACCGCCCAAGAAACCCAGUGGAGCAAUAGGAAGGAAAGUUGUAGUUUCCACUAACAUUGCUGAAACAUCUUUAACUAUAGAUGGUGUCGUGUUUGUCAUUGAUCCCGGUUUUGCCAAGCAAAAGGUGUAUAACCCUCGAAUUCGAGUCGAAUCUCUACUGGUUACUGCCAUCAGCAAAGCUUCAGCCCAGCAAAGAGCAGGUCGUGCAGGUCGUACCCGUCCUGGCAAGUGCUUCCGGCUUUAUACAGAGAAGGCUUACAAAACGGAAAUGCAGGACAAUACUUACCCUGAAAUAUUGAGGUCCAAUUUGGGUUCUGUAGUAUUGCAGCUAAAGAAACUUGGCAUUGACGAUUUGGUUCAUUUUGAUUUCAUGGACCCUCCAGCUCCUGAAACUUUAAUGCGUGCCCUAGAGCUUUUGAACUACCUAGCUGCCUUAAAUGAUGACGGAGACCUGACAGAAUUGGGAUCUAUGAUGGCAGAAUUCCCACUAGACCCACAGCUGGCCAAGAUGGUUAUCGCCAGUUGCGACUACAACUGCUCUAAUGAGAUCUUAUCCAUAACAGCCAUGUUGUCAGUCCCACAGUGUUUCAUUCGCCCCACGGAAGUCAAGAAAGCUGCCGAUGAGUCUAAGAUGAGAUUUGCCCACAUCGACGGUGAUCAUUUGACGCUGCUGAACGUAUACCACGCUUUCAAGCAGAAUCACGAGUCGUCUCAGUGGUGUUAUGACAACUUCAUUAACUACAGAUCCCUGAUGUCUGCAGACAAUGUACGGCAGCAGCUGUCACGAAUCAUGGACAGAUUUAACUUGCCGCGAAGAAGCACCGAUUUUACCAGCAGAGAUUAUUACAUUAAUAUUAGGAAAGCCUUGGUUACUGGUUAUUUUAUGCAGGUGGCACACUUGGAGCGAACGGGUCAUUACCUGACGGUGAAAGACAACCAGGUGGUGCAGUUGCAUCCGUCAACAGUUCUUGACCACAAACCCGAGUGGGUCCUGUACAAUGAGUUUGUCCUUACAACAAAGAACUACAUCCGCACGUGCACUGAUAUAAAGCCUGAAUGGUUGGUGAAAAUCGCGACGCAGUAUUACGACAUGAGUAACUUCCCUCAGUGUGAAGCAAAGAGGCAAUUGGAGCGCAUUGUGGCCAAACUUCAGACUAAGGAAUAUUCACAGUACUGAGUUUUGGGGAGGGUUUUUUUUUUUUUUUGUUUUAGCUUGUCUGAAGCGCAGUUUGAACGAAUGAAAGAAGAGAUACAUUUGUAUACUAUGUAAUGGUCCAAUGGCGACCUUUAUAUGAAAGCUUUUUAAUUUCUUUCAUUACAGUUAAUAUUCCAUUCUUAUUUCAUAAAUUGAACAUUUUUGGCUA